CUGCUCAGUAUCUUGAAACGUAUCUGUGGUUCGAUAGACAUUCCAGAAGUAAUCAUGAAUACACCAUAUACCUGUUCAACACUCCAUGCCCUGUUGAACCCUCAUGCGUCUUCUCUAGGGUCAUGGGGUGGUAACACACCUACCUGCUUCCUCUCCCGUCAACCACAACGCCACGCUUUUGCCUCAAAAACGCGGGGUUGGAUCCACAUUCUUUUAAUAAAGACUCUCUACUGGCUUACGAGCGGAAAGCCACGGUAGAAAUCACUCGUUUUUCACUUUCCUCUCACGGUUUCAGUCGGGGGGCCGUUGCAUCCUUGCGAUAAGCGCGAGUUGGACGAUGGGUUCGAGCCCUAAUUGGACCAGAUCACGGGGCGCUCAUUUAUCAAAUUGGCUUAUCUUCCCGUUGAGGAUGGCCGGGCCGGGCGUCGUCUGGGCGCAGGGCCUAUAAGAAGCUUUUUUGAGAGAUGACUGCCUCAGAUGAGGAUAUUGAGAAGAAGGGCGUGACCGCCGUCGAGCCCAGAGGGGACAAAUCUGUUCCAGGAUAUGAAGAUGUUCAAGUCUCAGAGAUCAACCCACUGAAGAGGAGUCUGCAGGGCCGUCAUAUGCAGAUGAUCGCUAUUGGUGGUUCCAUUGGUGCUGGUCUGUUCGUCGGUACUGGUAGUGCUUUGAGUACGGGAGGUCCUGGAGCUCUGCUGCUCUGUUAUUUGAUUGUCGGUGCUAUGCUUCUGCUCACAAUCCAGGCGCUGGGAGAAUUGGCCGUCGUGUAUCCCGAAAAUGGUGCUUUCUUCACUUAUUGCGUUCGGUUCAUCAAUCCUGCUUGGGGCUUCGCUGUCGGCUGGGACUAUGCGAUCAGUUGGCUCAUCAUUCUACCCUUCGAAAUCACCGCUGCUGGUAUCACCAUUCAAUAUUGGCGUGAUGAUCUCAAUGUCGGGAUAUGGAUCGCUGUCUUCUUAGUUGUUCUUUCACUCAUCCAAGUCUUUGGUGUCCGUGGAUACGGUGAAGUCGAAUUUGCCCUGGGUAUGAUCAAGGUCAUUGCUGUCAUUGGCUUUAUCAUCCUCGGAAUCGUGAUCGACUGUGGUGGUGCCCCCAAGGGUGGAUACAUCGGUGCCCAUUACUGGCAUGACCCUGGCGCGUUCACCACCUUCCGGGGCUUCUGCUCGGUGUUCGUGACGGCUGCCUUUGCCUUCUCCGGGACUGAGCUAGCCGGUCUUGCUGCUGCCGAAGCCGCCAACCCUGCCAAGUCUGUCCCCAAGGCCACGAAACAGGUCUUCUGGCGUAUCAUGGUCUUCUAUGUCCUGGGAACAUUCAUCGUUGGCCUGAUCGUCCCCCACACUGCCGACUACCUGCUCAACUCCUCCGGUGCUAACACCAAGGCUUCUCCCUUUGUCAUGUCCAUCAAGAAUGCCGGUAUCAGUGGCCUGCCGUCGGUGAUGAACGCCGUUAUCACCAUCUCCGUCAUCAGUGUCGCCAACUCUGCCACCUAUGGAUCUAGCCGUACCCUCCAGGCUCUGGCUUCUCGCGGCAUGGCCCCUAAGUUUCUCGCAUUCGUGGACAAGAAGGGUCGUCCCAUUUACUGCAUCCUCCUCCAGAUCGCCUUCGGUUUCCUUGCUUUCGUCAACGAGGCUUCGAGCACGGGUGAUGUCAUCUUCAACUGGCUUCUGGCUCUUUCCGGUACCAUCUCCUUCUUCGUCUGGGGAAGUAUCUGUCUUGCCCAUGUCCGCUUCCGCGCUGGCUGGAAGCACCACGGCCGUCAAGUCAGCGAGCUGGCUUUUGCUGCUCCGUUCGGUGUGAUCGGAAGUUGGAUUGGCUUUGGUCUCAACGUGAUGUGUCUGGUCGCUGAGUUCUAUGUCUCGGUUGCUCCCAAGGAUGCGGAGACCUUCUUUAUGAACUACUUGGCUGGCCCGCUGAUCAUUCUCCUGUUCUUCGUCUGGAUCAUCUAUACCAAGAUCAACAAGGACCCCAAACUUGACCGCGGUAUGUGGUUUGUGAAGGUGCAGGACAUGGAUGUCUUCAGUAACAUGCGUGACACUGCAUUGGACGUUGACCUGCCUCCCAAGGUUGUGUACCACACUUGGGGAGAGUGGUUCAAGGCGGCGCCCAUGAGAAUUCUUCGCUCGAUCUUCUAAAUCAACGACGACCGUGAUGAGAUCGCCCGUGUGGAUGUGUGUGUAAUUGUCUAGCUGUUGAGAGAUUAGUAAUUGAUACAGAUUCCCCCUAGGAUAUAUGUCCUAGUUAUACAAGAAAC